AUGGCGGUACUUGUACAUUUUGUAUUUAAAUGUCAUUUAACAAGUUGGAUAUUUGUUAAGAAGAAUUUUUGGUAAAAUUUCUAUCUUGUAAUUUAAAAGAAUAUUUUAAAAAAAAUGUCGACUUUGUAUGAUCAGAUAAAACUACUUUAUGAACAAUCUUUAUAUUCAAAUGUUAUUUCACUUGCAAAUUUAAUAUUAUCAUUAAGUGAACAUAAUUCAGAUUUAUUGCCAAUAUAUGGUAAAUUCCAUAUUUAUGUUUAUUAUGCAGAUGCUCACUUUUACUUAGGAAAAUAUAAAAAAGCAGAAGCACUUUAUAAAAAAGCUUUGCAAUUUCGUAAAUGUUUAUUAAAAUCUAAAGGUGCUACAAAACCUUUAGAAGGUCAAAAAGAUUUACCAACUGAUGUUGAUAUAAAAUUUCAAAUUCAUUUAUGCUUAAUAAAAUUAAAAAAUUCUCAAGAAGCACUUCAAGUACUACAAAGUAUUCCUGGUAAACAAAGAACUCCAAAGGUAAAUAUGGCUCUUGCAAAAAUGUUCCAAGAACAAGGAAUGGAACGUUCUGCAAUUACUACUUAUAAGGAAGUUUUAAGAGAAUGUCCAUUAGCCUUAGAAGCUGCUGAAGGUCUUUUAUCUCUUGGAGUAAAAGGAAUCGAAGUAAACUCAUUAAUAGUAGGUUGUGCAUCCAAUCUAUCAAAUUUAGAUUGGUUAAAUACAUGGAUUAAAGCUCAUGCACAUAUACAUAAUAGAGAAUAUACACAUGCAGUAUCAACAUUAAGAUCUCUGGAUAAUGUUAAUCUUUUAAGAGAUAAUUUUAAUUUAUUAACUACAAUGGGAGAGUGCUAUUAUUAUGCUGGAGAUGAUAAAAAUGCUUUACUAUGCUUACGAAGAGCCAGAAUUAUAGAACCAGAUGUUAUGAAAGGGGUUGAUGUUUAUGCUGCAGUAUUGUAUAAAACACACAGUAUUAAGGAACUUGAAAGACUGAUUCCAAUAAUAACAGCAAGCAAUGAAUGUACUGGAGAAAUAUAUGUUGCCAUGGCAUAUUCUCUUUAUGCUUCUAGAAAGCUUGGUAGAGCAAACACAUUGACAGCACAAGCUUUAAAUUUAAAUCCAAAUGAUAUAGAAGCAACAAUUCUUCGAGGAAACAUUCUGAUAGAACAGAAAAAAUAUCAAGGUGCAUUGUUCUUCUUUAGGCAUGCUGUUCAAUUAAAACCAUAUCGUUAUGAACCACAUAAGGGUUUGGUAGAUUGUCUUGUAGGAAUGCAUAGAUUGCGAGAAGCUCUCAAUAUUGCCAGUGGAUCUUGUAAACAACUUGGGCAUACUGCAAGAGUUCUCACGCUUUAUGCAUCUGUACUCAUGAAAGAUCCAGUUUCUGUUGGAAAAGCAAAAAAUCUUUUGGAAAAAGCAUUGCUUCAAGAUGAAAUUUAUUUACCUGCUGUAUAUUUAUUAGCUGAAAUAUAUGAACAAGAAAUGAACUUAGAAGCUGCAAUUGCAUUACUUGAAAGACAAGUAGAAAUACAAACAGCAUGUAAAUUGCAUCAGAUGCUUGGAGAUCUAUGGGCAAGAGUUCAUAAUGAAGAAAAAGCUUUGGAUCAUUAUGCAAUUGCUUUAAAUCUAGAUCCAAGCAAUAGAAGAGCAUUGGAAGGCAUGCACAGAUUAGAUAACUCUUCGAAUAAACUAGAUUCAACUUAUUAUAUGACUGUGGGAGAAGAACAAACAGAUACAACCUAUGAUGUUGGUGAUGGUUUGCCAGAUACUGAUAAUGAUGAAGCACCUGAUGAAAGUGAAACUGAAGCUGUGUGGUCAGAUAUGGAUCUUGAAGCAAAUAGUCAAUAACAAAAAAAAUUAUUAUUAUAUUAAAUAAGUUCAAUAUAAUUAAGAACUGCAAUUAGUUUUUUUUGUGUAUAUUGAAGUUUUGUUUCUUUUAUUUAUCUGUAAAUGUCCGAAUUUUUGAAAUCUGAUAUCUUUUCAAUAAUUAGAAAUAUGAAAAAAUAUUAUUUUCAUUAUAAGAAUUUUAUAUAUAAAAAAUAUCCAAAAUUU